AUGUUCUCAUGUUACAGCACUCGGGCGCGUCUGCCGCUGAGUCGCGUGACUCGGCCAAACAGCCGUACCUACUCGACGAAGGCCGCUGGGUCGAAGAAUUGGAAUAUCACAGGCGCUUUCGUCGUGUCUUUAGCUCUUGGAACGGGUGCCACCUUAUGGCCCAGAGACAAAAGCAAGGCGCCCCACUUAGAGGCGACCAUAACGCAGCCAUUGGUGGCCGAGAAAGUGCUUUCGAGGGAGGCUGUAACCAGCUUGAUAUCGCAACAUGCGUAUUCGAUCUCAACCGAUAGCAUCCCUGGUGUUGUGAAGUAUGAUGGCGCUCAGGUUGCUUCGAACCAGCCUUGUGAAGAUGCCUUCUUCCAUGGCCAGUUUCCGGCCCCUUGGCAGCACAACAAGCAGUGGAUGGCUUGGGCCGUUUUGGACGGCCAUGCGGGCUGGCAAACUUCGAAACUGCUGGAAACGAAGCUGCUCCCGUAUGUCAGAGAAAGAUUGACUCAGUUACAAGAUCAAUACGGUCAGGGACCGGCCCCAACUCAUGUAGUUCAGGACGCAAUCACCCAAGGCUUCCUGAAUCUUGAUACAUCAAUUAUGAAAGCCGCAGAAGAGUCGGCCGCCAGCGAUGAACCAUUACAAAUUAAAGCUGGGAAACUAGCGCCUGCAUUCGCAGGAUCCUGUGCUUUGCUCUCCUUAUUCGAUCCCGCCACUAGCACCCUUCACGUCGCGUGUACGGGUGACUCGAGGGCCGUGUUGGGCCAGCAGAGACCAGACGGCUCAUGGGAAGCGAUUCCGCUAUCAGUGGAUCAAACGGGUCGAAAUGCACAGGAGAUAUCACGGCUUCAGAAAGAGCACCCCGGGGAAGACAACAUUGUCAAAGGCGGGCGGGUACUCGGGUUGAUGGUCUCUCGAGCCUUUGGCGACAGCCGAUGGAAAUGGCCUCUGGAAGUUCAGCAGGAAAUGUCCCGGCGAUACUACGGACCGGCGCCCUUGGCCCCAAGGUACGACGUCCGAACUCCGCCUUAUCUGACGGCAGAACCGGUCGUGACCAGCACCCGAAUCGAUUACUCGAGGCCAACCUUCUUGAUCAUGGCGACCGAUGGUCUAUGGGACAAUAUGUCCAGUCAACAGGCAGUUGAUGUGACUGGCAGGUGGCUGGAGUGGCGCCACGGCAAAGAAAUGCCGAGACAGCUUCGUCCAGCUUUCGCAGAUCUCGAUUUUGACUUUGGAGAUUUCGGGAGCAAACUCGAGGAGGGCUUCGUGGAAGAGAGAGAAACGCGCGAAGAUAAAAAUGCAGCGGUCCACCUGGUGCGCAACUCUCUUGGAGGUGCACACCAUGAGCUCUUGGCGGGUCGUCUGGCGUUCAGACCCCCGUUCUCCAGGAAUGUCCGAGAUGAUAUCACGGUCCAGGUUGUCGUGUUCCAAGAUCACGCAGCAGCUUAG